CUCAGAGUCCUACCCGUCUCCUUAGCUCAUGCCUUCCUCUGGAAAUGCUGCUUUCUGUCAAGCCGACUAUCAAAACACAUUAAAUAUGAAGAUUUGAUAGAAAAACGUAUAUAUAAGCCAACAGUAACCCAUAAGAUGAUUCUCUACAAUGCCUACCCCAGGAGGAAUUAUUCCACAAAUAAGGGCCCAGCGUGACAUUUAUGAGAAAGCCAGGGUCCUCCUGUGCAAAAUUGAUUGGUUCUCAGCCAACGGGCUCCCGGGCGUUGCAAACAAAGGCACCUUCUCCACUGGGACCUAUCAGAUGCAGGGCAGAGUAUUGCCUCUGCCUUUGGAACUUCAGGAAAUGCUCAACUCCUAUCUGGGCAGCACACAUCUGUGGCCAGCAAAGAGGAACCUGGCUCUGAAAAUGAAACAACUUCCUCCUUAAUUCGUUUCCAUCUUGGCCAUCUAUUGCUUCUACAUGCUACAGAUUCCCUCCUCAGGAUUUCCUCGACCUCUAGCUGAUCCUCCAGAUGACUUGGAUAUCAUGCAGCUUGAGUGGCUGGCAUAUGGGGCAACUCUUUCUUGGCAAACUAAGGAUAAUCAAGAUAUAUACAAAAGGUUUCCGCCGGUGCGCCCGUUAAUGCGCCUGGCCGCGCAGCUCGCCAACCGAAAGAUGAAAAGAUUUCAGCAGCAGCGCGAUUCGAGGACUGAUGCAGGAGAUUUCACCAAGAAGGAUCACACUGCCACCUUGGGACGACCAUUUUUCCUUUUCAGGAAUUCAGUGGCAAAGACAAACUGGAUCAGAUAAGGAAAUCGAGCAAUUAUUUUGAACAAAUGUCAAAUUUCUUUCUGUGAACAAUACUUAAAGAUAAUUC